AUGCGUGAUUCUAAAUGGAAAGACCAAUUUAUUGGGCCUCAUUCAUCUGGAGAGAUUCGAUUCGUGGUGGUUGCAGAACCGCCCGACAAUAAGCAAACACUCGAUUGCAUCGAUAUUGGAUAUGCUUCUGUAAAUGCUAAAGAACUUUUAUGUAACGGUACUGAUUAUGUUAAGGCGAGCAUUGAUGUGCACGAAGCAAAUGGGGAUAGAAAACUCAUUGGACAAAUGGAAGUCACAGUAGCGAUCGUACAAGCAUUGAAAGGGACACAACAACAAGAGCAGCACAAUCCUCGAAUGCAAAUAUCCGGCGAUGGAACAACUGCAAUAUCAAAGAAUUCGCAAUCAUCGUCUCAACUGCACCUUGAUCAUUUUAGUGAUCGUAGUUUGGAUAAUGAUGACAAUUUUCAAACUGAAGCUGCUAUGUCUGCUCUUCUUUUCGCUCAUCUUACUUUUUCUGAUUCUAAUUCGUCUAAUACUGUGUCUCGCCCUAAUUCUAGUCGUAUUGCUGUUUCUCGUACUGGCAGUUCGAAUCGUGCUUCUCGUCUACGUCUAGCUGCUGCUCGUGCACGUGCUACUACUAAUGGUUCUACUCCUCGUUCUGCCGUUCGUCCUCGUUCUCGUUCUACCGCUAGACCUCGUUCUGCCGCUCGUUCUCGUACUCCUCGUCCAAAAUAA